AUGGCUGAACGAGUAAUAAAACCAUUAGAUGUAAUGAUGAUGACGUAAAACACUGAUAUAGUCAUAGGGUAAAACAUGAAAUUUAACCUCCUGACUUUAGGGGUAUGUAAUAAAAUAAUCAAAAGCAAUACACAUAAGAUGACUAAUGCACAAGCAAACACUCUUUAGUUAGAAAUAUGCUUGACUGACUGGUUCAUCUCUUCAGUUAGACAUCAUGAACAAUUUCAUGCGAAAAAUAUUGUCUUGUAACACAUCCUUAAAACACUUCUCAUACUCUUUCAUUUAUUAGAGGAAGAUGAAAAGAAUGACUAAAUUUGA